CCACUUUUACCGGGCGGUGUGAGAUCCCAAUUGUUCUCAUGGCGGAGCGGCCGAAAUUGCUCUACAUUAUCCUCAGCGACGACGAGGUCGCUGCGGAUGGGAAAGCGGAAAAAAAUAAUUGCAGCAUUCGGAAAUUGCCUCCCCCUCGUUACACUCGUCCCGUGCUUCAGAGUACCCUGCAGCUUAUGGGAUGCAAGCCUCGCCACGCAUUCAAGAUAAGCGACUCAGUCUUCGAGUUUCUGAGAAAUGAGAUGCCGGUGAAGAAAGCUAAAAUACGGAGACAUCAUUCGGAAGCAGAAGCCUUGUCUCAAGCUUACGAGGUCAUCGAGAAGCAGCAUUCCGAUCUGGAUACCAUUAUCUCGGAUUUGAAGGAGGUCGAAAGCUUCCCGGGCAACAACAAAACUUGUAAGCCUACCAAGAAACGAGCGUCAGUUACCGUGAACCGCGAGAAGUUCCUGGACGUGGUCUGCGAUGCGCUCGCCGAUUACCAGUAUGUGGGGCCUAACCAAAGAGCGGACCUCAUGCUCGCAUGCAGAGUUCGCGAGAAGAAGACAUCAGUCACGGUUCUGCUCUGUGGCACAAGCGGAUGCGGGAAGUCGACUCUGUCUUCUCUAUUGGCCAGUAGGCUCGGCAUCACUACAGUGGUGUCGACUGAUUCUGUGCGUCACAUGAUGAGAAGCUUUGUGAGCGAGAAAGAGAAUCCGCUGCUGUGGGCUUCCACGUAUCAUGCGGGAGAGUGCUUGGACCCGGUGGCCAUCGCGGAGGCAAAAGCAAAAAAAAAAGAAGCCAAGACGACAAGCAUUCCCCAUCGAAGCUCGUCUUUCGAAGCGCGAUCCGGCGGGUCGUCAUCCGGAUCGUCCGUGGCUGCCCCGGAUCACAAGAACAAAAGCCCUCUGGAGGAGGGCUCCCCCGAGAGCUUGUCCCUGGCCGAUGGUGUUGCCUACCACGAUGGAUGCGAUGCGAUGGUGGGAUCGAAGACCCUCGCCGUCCAGGGUUUCAAGGCGCAGAGCGAGAUGGUUAUCGACAGUUUGGAUCGGCUCAUCACAUCGUGGGAGCAGAAGAACGAGUCCGUGGUCGUCGAAGGUGUCCACCUGAGCCUGAAUUUUGUGAUGGGACUCAUGAAGAAGCAUCCUUCCAUAGUGCCUUUCAUGGUCUAUAUAUCGAACGAGGAUAAGCACUUGGAGCGCUUUGCAGUGCGGGCCAAGUACAUGACUCUGGAUCCUGCGAAGAACAAGUAUGUCAAGUAUAUUCGCAACAUUCGGACCAUACAGGAUUACCUGUGUAAGAGAGCCGACAAGCAUCUGGUGCCCAAGGUCAACAACACCAACGUCGACAAAAGCAUCGCGCUCAUCCAUGCGACGAUCUUCAGCUCCCUGCGACGAAGAGAGGGAGGAGAACCUCUGCUUGAUCCCGGAACGAACACGGUCAAGGUCGUGGAUCAAGAGUACAAGCACCAGACUGCCGCAUCCUCCCUGGGGUCCAAGGGCAUGUUCCAGCUCAUUCAGAGGAGAGGAUCAUCCCGACAUCUGAUGGCCCUGAUGAAUAACGAUGGAUCGGUCGCAAAAGCCUGGCCCAUUCCAUCCGACAGUAAUGGCAAGGUUGCAUCAUCUAAUGGGGGUGAUAGCGGGGUCGGAACUCCCGUGUACGGGCCCCUUGCCAUAGGAAAAGCAGAGCCCGUGCACCUGCAAUUUGGCAAUUUGGGUUUGAGUGCCUGGCUAACCGAUACUGGUGCUGCGAGUUAUGCACCUAGUUACAAUAGCAGUGGCGACGGACAUAGCUCACGAGGAGAACUUGAUCAAAAUUGCAGCCGUCCCGGCUCCUCGUGUUCUAGUUCGCCCAGGCGUUCUACUUCUCCCAGGCAUGGCGAUGGAGCUGAGAAAGAGCUUACGGAAGACGUAGUGGUAUCUGGAAGCGAUGAAGAGCCCGAAGAGGAGGAACAACAAGGAGCUGAUAGCGACGGAGAAGUUAGUGAAAGUGGCCGUGACAACAAUGACGAUGAUGAGGGAUCUGUGGACGACCAGAGCAUCAGAUCCGAUGAAGACGCUGAAGACUAUCCAGUAAGCGAGCAACAGGACGAUGUGUUUUGGUCGGACGAUCUAGAUGACGGUGAUGGCAAACUAGAUCUACAUCUACCAGGAGUGGGAGAAAGUGACGAUGCUCCAACCUUGCCUGGGCUGGCUGGAAAGCUGUACACGAGGGCUCGAAGCUCACCGAAAGGUCGUAUGGUCCGCAGACUUUCCAGCUUUCCGGUCCGAGCUCCUGGUGACAAGCCACCUCCACAAGUCGUCAAGGACGCCGAAAAGACCUCUCACAACAGGUCGAAGAGCUUUCCGAACUGGGACUACAGUUAUCAAGUGGAAGGGAAGUGAUGAAGCUCCCUGAUGUGAGACUGGCGAGGGGAGCUCUUGGCUCCUUUGGCUCCCGAAGGCACUCAUUUAAUCAACUAAGAACGACUAAAACUACAAUUGGGAGGAAUGGGAUGUUGCCAUGCGGUAAGUGAAACUCUAUACGAGAAAGAGCGUUGCAGAGGCAUGUAAAUGCGAGAUGUUUGCUCCUCGGAGCUGUACAGUAAGACAGUCGGGAUAAGACGCUUGUCAUAAGUGUACAUAGUUUAGUAAUCACAAUUCAUUUUGGUAGCAUGCAGGGCGCUCGCAAGGCAUGCUGCCUGUCCGAAUUACCGUGAAUACAACCCACAUAAUUAAGUAGAUACAGUAGAACUGGACUGAACGUAGAAGAGAAUUUGAAAAGAGUUUAUGUUUUGGUUUGUCCAUAAAUCGUGGGUAUGGCGAAUUCUCGCAAUUUUGGAAAUAGACAUGUACACUUGAUAGCCUUUGGAACAAUUGCUGAAUAAAGCCG